AAUUGUGCACGAGAAUAAACACAUCGUAUGUAGAUUACGAUACCUUGAUUUGCUUCGCUUUUGUCGGAAAAAUCCAUGAUAAAAAAUGUAUGUAAUAAAACUCGGACAACAAAUGGACGUCACGAUCAGGAUGAUCAGUCGAGUGACGAACGGUAGUUGAGCGUAAAGAAGAGUGAGAGAGUGAGAGAGAGAGUGAGAGAGAGAGAGAGAGAGAGAGAGAGAGAGAGAGAAAAGAGAAAAGAAAAAAGAAAAGAAGAAAGAAAAAGGAAAAAAAAAAUAGAGAAGAAGACGAAACUUGGACCGAUUGGCCAGGGAAACGAUUUUAUAUGUAGAAAGAAAGAAAGGAAGAAAGAAAGAGUGAGUAGAAAAUAUACGAGUCGGACGUUAUGCGGUCUUUCGAAUUGAUCGAAAAAUCAGGAGCACAGGAAGGCAUCAUCGAAUGAUAACGUUCUUCCUCUCUCUCUUUCUCUCUCUCUCUCUCUCCCUUUUUUCCUCUCUUUUAUCUGUAUGGAAGUCUCGCAGAAUGCGACAGAGGAUGGUGAUGAUAGUGGUAGUAGUAGUGAUAGAGAUAGUGGUAGUAGUGAUGGUGGUGGUGGUGGUGGUGAAGGUGGUGGGGGAUAUAGUCGAGAGGACGGUAACUAAGGGGCGUGUUCGAGAAGGUCGGGGGUUGUCCCGGGGAUGGUUAGGAGGAUGAACGAAUGGGAAUGCUCGAAAGGUAGGUCCGAGGCCGGUGACCUUGCCAACGGUGUACCUCGAUAGGGGUGAAUCCGCCCCUAGCGCAGCCCCUCUGCCGUUUAUCGAAUUAAGCUUAUCAUUUGAUUUUGAGGAGACCCACCAGUCAGUCGUCUCGGACGCUCUUAAACGGGCCGAAAAACUUCCUCCUAUCCGUGCUAUAAUCGCAAUAAUUUGAUAUCGUUGAUCCGAUUACGCGUCAUAACUUGGCGUCGAAGAGGAGAGAAGAGAGGAAGAGAGGAGAGGUGAGGCGAGGAGAGGAAGAAAAGGUCCGUUUUGCGCUCGUCGAAGCCAACAUCGAAGAGAUCGUUCUCCAGCCGUUUGCCCACGGCCUUAUACGAUAUCGCGUUAACCGACGAUUUAUCCGAUGUGAAAGGCACGCGCUCUCGAUAUCUCGUAUAUUUCUUUGUGAAGGGGGUCGGGUCCAAAUACCGGGGGAAAAAGGAAAGGCUCUCACCCCUCUGGUUCUGCGGUUUACGUUCUACGUCGUCCUUGCCGUCGCAGGAGCGCGCCCGCGCCGAAAGGCGCGCUCCCUCGAGCCUCCUCCGUUCGACUUUUCCCGCGCAAUCGAACAAACAUUCUUCAUAUCUAAAGGAAACUACGUUACGCGAUAUAAGCUACGUUAUAGAUCAACGUACAGUGUGAGAUCGUUAUAAUAACGUGAUCUAUUUUAUCGGAGAUCUUUAAACAAUCGGAAUUAGAAGGGUAGAAUGGAAGAAAGGGUAGCAUUCGAAACGGUUAUCUUCAUGGAUUGAAGAGGAAAGUGGUGCUCGUUUCGAGAGUCGUCUCUUCGCAAAAGAGGAAGAGAAAGAGAGAGAGAAAGAGAGAGAGAGAGAGAGAAAAUUAGACAGAGAAACAAAGAGAAAGAGAGGGAGAGAAAAAGUGCGAGCGAAUCGUAAACAUAAAAAACGAGAGAAAAUAAAAAAAGAAUCAACGAAAACAAUAAUGGAUUACUCGUAUUUGAAUCAGGCUGCGGCUGCUGCGGCCGCCGGCUUCGAAGCGUCCAGUUGCGCGUUGGCCGCGAGCGAGAUGCAAUGUGGUUACGGCGAUCUGAGCUCGUGCUCGCAAAUGAGCCAAGCGGCGUAUCGGUACACGGCCGCGAGAGCCGCCGGCUACUCGACGAAUGCCGGCUCGGCGAGCGGCGGUGGCAGCGCGGGUCCCCUUGGGGCCCAUCAUGCCUCGCAUCCUCAUGCCCAUCCACAUCACGGGGCCCAUGCGACUCCGUGCUCCGUAAUGGCGGCCAGAUCGCAGGACGUUCAUCGACACGCUGCCUCUAUCUUUCCUUCUGCGAUUAAUCUCCAAGGAGGAUUAGGAUACAAACCCUAUACGGGACACGACGGUCUCGCGGAAAAGCGAAAGCAACGGCGCAUACGGACGACAUUUACGUCGGCCCAACUUAAAGAAUUGGAGCGUGCCUUUCAAGAAACACAUUAUCCGGAUAUUUACACCAGAGAAGAAAUCGCCAUGAAAAUCGAUUUAACGGAAGCUAGAGUACAGGUGUGGUUCCAAAAUCGUCGUGCGAAAUUCCGAAAACAGGAAAGACUGGCCCAACAAAAGUCUUCGUCUCAAGGUGGAAUAGGUGGUGAUAGUGGUGCUUCAAGUCCAGUUGCUGGAAACGUCAAAGCCGAAGGACGUUCGCCAAGAAGUCCUGCGACACCGCCAGGUGGCUCGAACGGUAGUGUCUUACCAUCGAACGAGGUCAAGCCUGUCGCUAAUCCUAAUUUGGUUAAUGUGAAACAUACACCUGACGGUACCGGGGAAAAUAGCUCACCUAGCGCUCGUGCAAACAGUGGAGGUGGUACGUGGGGUUCAUGCAGUCCAAGACCUUUCUCCACGGCGUUACCUUCUUAUUUGUUGGAUCCGCUACCUUUGAAAACCGGAAAUCUUUAUUAAUUUCGUUUCCUUUAGAU